AUGAACGAUAACACUUCAGCGGAUCCUUCGAAAGGUGUGGAGCUGCUGAUGGGCACUAACGGAACGGGUGGGAAGGAGGUAUACGAAUACACCCCAGACCCAGGUUCUCACAUAAUCCAUGACAAUUCAUCUCAAGAGGCAUUUGACAGAGAUGGCUAUCGGUUAGCAAGAGGUGCGAAGGAGCUUGACGACUCAGAAGUCAGCCCGAGUACUGCCUACGAGUUUUUUAGAGGAAAGACGUACAAGAGCACAGCCUUUCGUAAUGGCUUCUUUGCUCGUCGGGGGUGGGGGCCGUCGGAUUCGGGUCCGUUGGAGGUACGCGGACAGCAGGUGCUUCGCGCUGCCCCCCAAAGUAGCCGCGCAGGCGACAAGGGAUCG